CACUGUACUUUGGUAAUCCAAACUGUUAAACCUGUUUGGAUAACUGGUUAAGGAAUAAAGCUGACACACCAGCAUUAUCAGUUUCAUGACACAAAUUAAAUAGCUAGGCCAAGAUUUUCACGCUUACCUAGUUGGUGUUUGGUGCUGCCCUUAAGGUACAUUAAGGAGGGUCACCGUUGAGGUUGUAGGAGGUGCUUGCAUCUCUUUGGGACCCAUCUUCUGACCAGCCAGCCCAUCAGGUGAUGCCUGUUAGACUUCAGAGAAAGGAUAAAUGCCAAAUCACUAGUAAUUUUUAGUGUGACAUUAGUCUUUCAUUCUAAAACUGUUAAAAACAUGCUCUACAACUUACUGCAUAGAUAAAUAGCCAACUACAGAAUUAAUGCUUACUAUUUUCACUUUUUUCACAUAGGUCCAUGAUGUUAUGUCAACUGCUAGUACUUGUCUUUGGAAUAUCACUAGCUAGUGAUGUAUAUGCAUUUAGAAGCUGUUAUUCAGAAGCCCAAGUCUCCGUAUAUUAUUAUUGCAACCUCACAGAUAUUCCAACUGUGCCAAAGGAUACAGUGAAGCUUUUGCUAACUUUCAACUACAUCACACAAGUGACUGCAACUUCAUUUCCACUGCUGGAGCACUUGUUUCUGUUGGAAAUCGGAACGCAGUAUGUCUAUCCUGUUACCAUAGGAAAAGAAGCUUUCAGGAACCUGCCAAACCUUCGUAUCUUAGACUUGGGUUACAACAGCAUUCUUCAACUGGAUAUUGAUGCUUUUGUGGGCUUGCCAAGCCUGGCUGUACUCUGUCUGUUUCAGAACAACCUUGGAGAUUCCAUCCUGGAGGAACAUUACUUUCAAGAUUUGAGCUCAUUAGAAGAAUUGGAUCUUUCAGGGAACCAGAUCACAAAACUUCAGCCUCAUCCCUUGUUUUAUAAUCUGACAGCCUUGAAAACUGUGAACCUGAAAUUCAACCCGAUAUCCAACCUGUGUGAGAGCAAUCUGACCAGCUUCCGAGGAAAACACUUCUUAUUUUUUAGCCUCAAUUCGAAUUACUUGUACAAGACAGAUGAAACAACCUGGGCCAAAUGCCCAAAUCCUUUAAGCAAUAUCACGUUUACCUCACUAGACCUUGGUGUCAACGGCUGGAGCACAGAGAAAGUCCAAGCUUUCUCUUCAGCCAUUAAAGGGACGCAAAUAGGUUCUUUAAUAUUUAACUUUCAUAUAAUGGGUUCUGGAUUUGGCUUUAGUAACUUAAAAAACCCAGAUCAGGAUACGUUUGCAGGACUAGCAAGAAGUGAUCUCCGUUUGCUUGAUAUUUCAAAUGGUUACAUUUUCUCUCUGAAAUCUUUAAUCUUUCAAAGCCUUGGUAGUCUGGAAUCACUGAACCUUUUCAAAAACAAGAUAAACGAAAUCCAAAGGCAAGCAUUUUUUGGCUUGAGAAACCUAAAAACUCUCAAUCUCUCAAGUAAUCUUUUAGGCGAGUUGUACGAUUGUAGUGUCACGUAUAUUGAUCUACAGCAAAAUCAUAUUGGGAUUAUUCAAGAAAAAUCAUUCAGUAACUUAGUAAGUCUGAAAAUAAUUGAUCUUCGAGACAAUGCCAUUAAAAAGCUCCCUUCCUUUCCACAUCUGACCUCUGCUUUUUUAGGUGACAAUAAACUAAUGUCCAUAGCUGGCAAAACACUAGCAGCAACAUACCUGGAAUUAGAAAGAAAUUGGUUGGCAAACCUGGGUGACCCGUACAUCCUUUUCAAAGUUCCAGAUGUGCAGUAUGUCUUCUUAAAACAGAAUCGCUUCUCCUAUUGUGUGAAAAAUGAUAACGUUAUAAAAAACAAACAGUUAAUCUAUAUGGAUCUAGGUGAAAAUAUGUUACAGCUCGUUUGGGAGAGAGAAUUAUGUUUGGAUGUGUUCCAUGGACUGUCCAAACUUCAGGUUCUGCAUCUGAAUAACAACUACCUUAGUGCUCUUCCACAGGAGGUUUUUAGAGGUUUAACAUCCCUAAAAAGACUUAAUCUAGCUUCCAACCUAUUGUCUCAUCUUUCUCCUGGGAUUUUCCCACAAAGCCUAACAAACCUAAACUUAUCUGGAAACUAGCUUUUUUCCCCUGAUCCUGAAGCCUUUACGACUUUGAGUAUUUUGGAUAUAACACAUAAUAACUAUGUUUGUGACUGUACUUUAAAAAGCCUACUAGUGUGGCUAAAUGAAACCAACGUAACCCUAGCUGGCUCAGAGUCUGACAGGUACUGUGUAUACCCACCUGCAUUUGCAGGGGUACCACUGUCAUCUCUGACAUAUGAUGAUUGCAGUGAAGAUGAACUCCAGCAGACACUCAGAUUCUCAUUAUUUGUCUUCACCUCUGUCACUCUUCUAAUGUUUCUGAUGGCAGUCAUCAUUUUUACUCGCUGCCGGGGUAUUUGUUUUGUCUGAUAUAAAACUAUAACCAAAAAAGUGAUAGAUAGGCAUCCAAAAGUAGCAGAUAAAAGCGAAUACAAAUAUGAUGCGUAUUUGUGCUACAGCAAAAAUGACUUUGAAUGGGUCCAGAAUUCUUUGCUGAAGCACUUGGAUUCACAGUAUUUUGAUAAAAACAGAUUUACCUUGUGCUUUGAGGAAAGAGAUUUCUUGCCUGGGGAAGAACAUAUCAACAAUAUUCGGGAUGCCAUUUGGAACAGCAGGAAAACAAUGUGCAUUGUGACCAGGCAGUUUCUCAAAGAUGGGUGGUGUGUGGAAGCCUUUAAUUUUGCCCAGAGCGGGUACUUUUCUGAUCUGAAGGAUGUCCUCAUUAUGGUAGUGGUUGGGUCCCUUUCUCAAUAUCAGCUGAUGAAACACAAACCAAUUUGAAACUUCUUACAAAGGAGUCAGUAUCUGCGGUGGCCUGAAGAUUAUCAAGAUGUGGACUGGUUUUUAAAUAACCUUUCUUGCCAAAUUCUGAAGGAAAAGAAAGUGCGAAAGAAAGGCAAUGGUAUAGAGCUGCAGACUGUAGCAACACUCUCACAUUGAUAGUGUGUGGGUCACUGGCUUAUUAAAUAGCCCAUUUCAAGCUGUGCCAUGGCAGGAAUAAACAGAAGUUGGCUUCAUCUUUCCUUGGAAAAGCAGGCAGAAAGAUAACUGUUUCAGUAUAAAUCCUACUAAACGUGGAGACUGCUUGAAAGCAAUGUGAAGGUGCAAUUGUUUUAUGGGCUAUGACCCACAUUUUCAGGAGAAUGAAAUGAAUCACAGAUGCUUCACAUUCUGGAUGCUCAGCUUCAGACACUAAAGAAUGCAGAUUUUUGCAGUACUACUUACUGACAGGUCUGUUUUAGUUAGAGAAGGUGGUUGUUUUAAAUAGAGUCCACGGUACUGUACAGGAGUGACCAAGUAUGCUUUCAUGUAUGGCCCAGCCUGACCAUGGGUUCACGGCUUACUCCUUUCUGAACUCAGUAACUUUUCAUGCUCUGUUUCAAAGUAGAACCAGUGCUUUGCACCUUUAUACUUUAAAUGGGUGUAACACAUUUCAUUUAUUUAUCUACACAAUUAGCCUCAGCUUCCCAACUGGAACGUACAAACUCUGAACUUCAUUCAUCCCCUUCCCCUCCACAACUUCUCUGCUUGGUAGUAAAACGAGGGUCAUCAGUCUACUUCACUUAUUGCUGUUCCAUCCCAGUGCUUUUUCAGUUGUGCUGCCUCCUGCCUUGCAGAGAGGAGCAGGCAUCCCCAAAGAGCUGAAGCAAGGCUGAGCUUGAAAAGCAAACAAGAAACUACCUCAACAGCCGUGAGGGCUAUACACCGGUGACAUGGCCGAUAGCUCAGUGACUGCCCGACACCUUUCACACACCCUGGGAGGGGAAAGCACAGACAAGUGGUGUGUAAUUUGGGUUGUUCACCCUGUGUCCUGAUCAGUUCUAUAAAGUGGGGGGUUUUUUGCUUCUGUUGAUCUGUUUUUCAUUAUUUCCUGGUACCUCUCUGAUCAUUUUAGCACUGUUUGUUCAGGUAUCUGCCUCCAGGAAGUUGUUCAGGGUCAUUGUAAUAAAAACCUGUCUUUGUGUUCACUGUUACAGAACCUUCACCUCUCAUUUCAACAGUCACAUGCUCCUUGAGUGUGCUGCUCAGCUCAGUUUAUACUUUUAUUUAACUAAAGUUUACCGAAGUAAUUCCAGUAUGGCCUCAGUGAGUUUUUCACUCUAGUGAGGAAGCAGGAAUGGGAGGUUUUAUAAGCUGACCUUAGCUGCAAACAAAUAAUACUAUCUUAACUAUUUUGAUGGAAAUGGAAACAUAAAAUCCACUUGACAUAAAUAGAGUUGUUUGAAUAUAGAUGAGCCUCUGGCAGAUCUAAUUUUCUCUCAGUGCCCCAGUAGACAGGAUGUCUAUAGAUAAAAUUACUACAGUAAAAUAUUGCUUCCUUCUCAAUUAGGGUAGUCGUUCAGGAACAGAAAAGGGCUAAACCCUGGAAAGUUUUCCAGGCAGCACGGAGUGUGGGGAAGCAGAUUCAAGUGGGAUUGACUGUGCUGGUGCGGCCCUGGGUGUCGCUGUUGGCUCAGGUAACAGCUAGGGCUCCCUAAAAUCCUCCUGCCUCCCCUCCCCUGCAGCUGCUGGCAUUAGGUGCAAAAUGCUGCUGCAGAGGGAGGUCCGAAGAAGAACCAGCAGCCCCGACCUCCCACAGUCCCCUUGGGCUGUCAGAAAAGUCAGAACCUGCAUUUCAAGACCAUGAAAAUGUCCAAUCUUUUUCCUUUUGUCCCCAACCAGUGCAAAUAUCUAUAGGCAUCCUUUAACGCCAGAGGUUAGACUGGGAGUAUUAGAAUAAAAACCAUGGACAGAUAGGCAAAGCAGAACGGAUCUGUACAACAAAGUCCAUGUGCAAGACUAGGCUGUUAGAAUAUGGAUCUGUACGUGGUGUAGGAGAUGGGGAUUUUAAAAGCGUGCUUGAGAAAUGGUAUUUGAAUGAAUGUCACGAAACAUUUUUGGUCAAGUGUUGACUGAGAGCCAUCUCCAGUUAGGACCUUAUUGUAUACUUAUAAGACAUUCCUAUAUCACUUCAGAUACUUCUGCUAGCAUAUGCAUGCAGGAAUGACAAGCAGAUGCAUAAAUUACUGAGAUGGCUUUAAUCAAGGCUUUUCCAUUUUGUUUGACAUGCUUCUGUCUACUUCAUGCUUAUGCCACUGGUGGGAGGUGGCUACAUAAACCUUGCAUUGAACUUCUGUCUUUGGAAAGGUCUGGCUUUUUACAUGGAGGUUGUAAUAAAACCUUUGGAUGAAAUUUCAUCCUCUGCCUGCUCCCUUUCCAUUUUGGAAACUUAAAGAGAUCAAACCUGUGUCAGGAGCAGCUGGGAAAACUUUCUACCACAGAGGCAGCUUAGAAACACAGAGGUAGCCCAGCCCCGUCUUGCAAAUUGUAUUGGAAGGGGUCUACAAAAGGCAGUAAAGGCAUUUUUGAAGAGCAUAUGAAUAACUGCAGUGCCAAGUUUCUAAAAGAUCCAAAAUAACUUUCUUUUGUACUCACCGUGAAAGCACUCCAAGCCUCUCAGAACAAAUGCAGUUGGUACAGUCUGUCCUAUACAAUGAAAAAUUGCCUUCAAAUAGAUCACAGGACCUUGAUCACCACCUCUGUAGAGUCACCUGUUCUUAAAUGACAGAGCCUGGGGAAUUGUCAA